UGCUGAUCAGUUUCAGAUGCAACCAGUUCCAGGAACUGAAUUAAGUUUCGUUUCCUCAUGAUGAGACAGCAUCAUUUUCAGUUUCCUUUCUGUGUUCUGCAGCGAGGGAAACUGACACACUGCUGGGACCCUUGCGAUAUUGCUUUUGGCAUGGGAGGAUGCCAUUGGUCAGAUGCCUUUUUAAGUUUCGAUUUCCCUGAACAGGAAAGGCGGAGCUGAUGCUGACACAAUAGAAACAAGAGCAUCAGGAAAGCAGCAUUUCCUCUCAGAGCAAGAGGUAAGAAUCCUUCCACAGUAUAAUCAGCCUGCAGGCAGGAUUUCUAUUUGGGGAGCGGGAGGGGAGAGCCUGGAAAGUAAUGACUCCCUAGGGUGGAUUAAAUGUCUGCAAGCAGAGGAGUCUCCCUGGGUUGUAGGGGGAAGAGGGAAUGUUGUUCACUCCCCCAUUCAAGGGUAGCUAGCGUGGUGUCCUCCAAAAGUUGUUGGGUUACAAUUUCCAUGCCAAAUUGAAUUCAGUGGUUUGGGAAACUUGUUUUUGGCAUGUCAAAGCUAAAUGCAUUCUUAAUUUACAAAUAAGAGAUUCUUAUGUGGCAUUCAAUUAUAUAUUGCUAAAUAUUUGGGGGUCAGUAUGAAUGAUACCCAGGGAUCUCUUCGAAAGCUGCAGUCCAGUUUAUGAGAAGGUAACAUCUAUAAGGGGAUGUGGGUGGCGCUGUGGGUUAAACCACAGAGCCUAGGACUUGCCGAUCAGAAGGUCGGCAGUUUGAAUCCCCGCGAUAGGGUGAGCUCCCGUUGCUCGGUCCCAGCUCCUGCCAACCUAGCAGUCCAAAAGCACGUCAAAGUGCAAGUAGAUAAAUAGGUACCACUCUGGCAGGAAGGUAAACGGCAUUUCCGUGCACUGCUCUGGUUCACCAGAAGCAGCUAAGUCAGUCUGGCCACAUGACCUGGAAGCUGUACACCAGCUUCCUCGGCCAAUAAAGCAAGAUGAGCGCCGCAACCCCAGAGUCGGCCACAACUGGACCUAAUGGUCAGGGGUCCCUUUAGCUUUACCUUUAACAUCUAUAAGAGGAAACUUGCUGAACCAGUCAAACUACUUCCUUUGUCAAGGUAAUUCCCCUAGCCAAAUACCCAUCAUCUGCAUCUUAAAGAGUGAGCACUGUUGCCAUAGAGACGAAUGGGUGAGCUUUUCCCCACCUCAUCCAAGGAAGGGGAACAAUCAGCCAGAGGGUGAUUGUAUGUGAGUGACCUUGAAGCUGGAGAUGCUGUCUUGCUCUAUGCUGACCUCAGCAUUGUGGCUUGAGGCUUCCCUGGAAACCUAAUGGGGAAGCAAGAACUUGUUGAGGGCUAAUGCUGCUCCAGUCCAUUCUUAGGUUGUGUGUAGAAAACCAUCUUAGGUUGUAAAGAAAACCAUAUGGACUAAUGACAGCACAAGCUCUAUAGAACUAUAUUCUAAGGAAGCCAAACCCUGGGAUACUGCAGGUACACGCGGACUCUCUUGCUGCUCAGGUAUUGGGGUGCAUGCAAUAGUACGGUAUUUUGGUUUUCAGGAAUGGUGUAGCCCAAUUCUGACUGGGUAGAUCAGGGAGGUAUGGCUAAUGCUAGGAGCCUUGGAUGGGGAGGGGGAUAGGGAUUGACACCAAUGUAGAGUCAAUUGCUAGGGAUUUGCUUUGCAAAUACUUAGGGCAUCAUGCAGUUCAGCGGCACCCUUUAACUUUUUUGUAGGGAUCGCUGAGCUCACUGUAAAGUGUCUGACUCAUUAUUUUGAAUGGGAGGCCAGUAAACUUACUACCAGUCUUCAUGGUUCUUUAAAAUAUAUCCCCCCAAAACCCCAAGAGAUAUGUAACAAGCUUAUAUAUAUUCAGUGGUACCUCAGGUUACAUACGCUUCAGGUUACAGACUCCGCUAACCCAGAAAUAGUGCUUCAGGUUAAGAACUUUGCUUCAGGAUGAGAACAGAAAUCGUGCCGGUGGCGCGGCAGCAGCAGGAGGCCCCAUUAGCUAAAGUGGUGCUUCAGGUUAAGAACAGUUCCAGGUUAAGUACGGGCCUCCAGAACGAAUUAAGUACUUAACCCGAGGUACCAAUGUAUUCUGUUUUAACUUUGCUAUCAUGGAUCGUUUUCCAACGGAAAAUACAAACCACUGACUCUGGUGUGGGAGAAGGGGUGGCACAGGCUUUAAUAGUUCAAGAGCAAUUUACUUCCACCAAAGAUACCGGCCUUAGAAUUUCUCUCAGAAGCAGCCUGCACAUCAGAAUAAAAUCAAAAUAUUUUUUCUUACUAAGACCAGGCAAACUGAUUUUCCAAUCUACGAAAAUAUUUUAAUUCCGAGGGAGCAACAUGUCGGUCAAAUGUGAAAAGGAAAAUGACUCCAAUCCACUGAAGAGUAAAACGAAAAAUGACUCCUCUCCACUGAAGAGUAAACUUAUAGAGGUACUAUCAGAAAUGCACAGCUAUGAAUCAACAUCUGUAAGGGCAAAUUAUUUUUUAAUUUCAUGGGAUACCUCUUAAAUACUAUGAUGCAGACCUCAAUACCCCAAUAAGGAUUCUGGGUGCAAGGAAACCAUUCAUAUUUAAGGUUUGAAUCAUCCCUCAUAAUGCUAGAGCCUGGGGCAUGGGGUGGGAAGGUUAUCCAAUAAAGCUGAAUUUUGGAAUAUUCAGGGCAGACCAAAGGUAGUAUUUCUUCAAACAACACAUAGUUAAUCUUUGGAGUUCACUCCCACAAGAUGUAGUGAUAGGUCACUAACUUGGAUGGAUUUGAAAGAGGAUUAGACAAAAUUUUGGAGGAACAGGCUAUCUUGAUGGCUAAGUUCCAUCUCCACUGUCAGAUGCAGUAUGUCUCUGUAUUCCAGAUUCUGGGAAUCGCAAGCAGAGAGAGCACAGUUGCCCCCAAGUUAUGCUUGCGAGUUUCCUAUAGGCAACUGGUUGGCCACUAUGAGAACAAGAUGCUGGACUAGCUGAGCCUUUGGCUUGCUCCACCUUGCCUCUUCUUAUAGUGAUGCCCGUGAUAAGGAUGUGUAGGAAGUACCCAUAUAUUAUUGCAGGUAUGUGCAAAUAUGAGCAGGUGGAAGGGACCUGGGAAGCUUACACUUAAGAAAACAGUUGCUGCUCCACAUCACUAAUAUUUAUUGGUGAAAAUGGUUUAUUGGACUUGAUAACUAAUUCUAGUUCUGGUCACAGGUGCCCUUUUGUUUUGUUUUUCUUUCAGAGUACAAGUGUCCUGAGCACCCAGUAUGAAGAGAAAGUCCGUCCAUGUAUUGACCUUAUUGAUUCUCUGAGAGCCCUCGGAGUGGAGAAGGACUUGGCAUUGCCAGCAAUUGCUGUGAUUGGAGAUCAAAGCUCAGGGAAAAGCUCAGUUCUGGAAGCUCUUUCUGGAGUCGCUCUUCCAAGGGGCAGUGGUGAGAAUCCCCCACCCCCCGCUGUUCCUCUUUUUUCUCCAUGAGUCAAUGUGAUGCAAUCAUCAACAUCUAUAUUAAGAUUGUCUUCAGAGUCUAUCCCACCAUCUGGGGCUCCCACCAUCUGGUGUAAAAGGAGGUGGUUCUAAAUGCAACCUGAAAAAAGAGACAAUGCAUGUAUUUUUGUAAACUUAAGAAAUAUUUUUUUAAAAUAUUUAUUUUUUUAAAGAGAGGGCUUUCUUGGUGGUGGCACCCAGUUUAUGACAUGCUUUUCCUUGGGGAGAUUCGCCUGGCAACUCUUUUGCUACUUUGGGAGGACUUUUUAUUUUUUCUGAGCCCUUUAAGUAACUUUCAUUCCCAUGAAAUUGGUUUAAUACUUUUUAUUAGUCUUUUUCAUCAGUUAAUAGUUUUAUAUUGCUUGGUAUCGAUCAUCCCCUUUUGGUUGCUAUCUGUUAUAGGUGUCUUGGGAAAUAUUUUGUAAUGCACGGGAUAUUACUCUCCCUAUGACUAAACAGCUUUCUUUCCCUUCCUUCCUUCCUUCCUUCCUUCCUUCCUUCCUUCUUUCUUUCUUUCUGCCGUUUGAAGGAUGCAAAGACCCAACUAUACUGAUCAUGGCACUUUCUUUGUGUCUAAAGACUUCUGUAGUGUUGCAAUGUUAUGGGCUAUGUCUGCUGUCGGAGGCAGUAUGCCUCUGAAUAGCAGUUACUGAGAAUCACAAGUAGGGAGAGGGCUGUUACAUGCAGGUUCUGCUUACAGUCUUCCCAUGGGCAUCUGGUAGGCCACUGUGAGUGCUGGAUGCUGGAUUAGAUGGGCCUUUGGCCUGAUCCAACAGGGCUCUUGCAUGCUAAGUGUUCUACCUGCUGAUACGACCAGUCUUUCCUUGGCCCACCCAUGUUUUGGUGACAUUCAAGAUAGAGUAGGGCUCCCUUUGCCCUUCCCUGUCAUCUUCCAUUCCUUCAUGCUUGCUUUUUCACUUUACAGGUAUUGUUACAAGAUGCCCCUUAGAGCUCAAGCUGAAGAAAACACACAACACGAAGGAAUGGAAAGGGAAAAUUUCAUAUCUGAACACAGUGAAAGAAAUGAAUAGCUCGAGACAAGUGGAAGAACAAAUCAUCAGAGGUAACUGUCGCUGACAGUGCAAUCCUAUAGAUGUUAACACAGAAGCACGUUAACACAGAAGCACGUCUCACUGUUCAGGAGAGCUAGUUUGCACAUCGAUGCACAUAGAAUUGCUAUCUAAAUUACUUUUUUGUAUAUCCUCUAGUGGACAGCCAAACAGAUAUUAAAUUGUUACUAGGGUUGGGCUAUACAUAAAGAGUUUUUCUGUGAUGGUUUUUAGUGUCUUCCUUUGCACCAAGCAGAAAUUCCAAAUGCUUAUCUUUGUAAUUAGUUUCCUUUUCUGCCUAGUCUAUUAUAGAAGAACACAUUUCUGCUGAAGUGUUCACUUUUUGGUCUGUAGGAAGAGAUUUUCCCACAAUAUUCCUGUACUGUUACAGUGGUACCUUGGGUUAAGAAUUUAAUUCGUUCUGGAGGUCCGUUCUUAACCUGAAACUGUUCUUAACCUGAGGUACCACUUUAGCUUAUGGGGCCUCCCGCUGCUGCCGCGCGAUUUCUGUUCUCAUCCUGAAGCCAAGUUCUUAACCCAAGGUACUACUUCUGGGUUAGCGGAGUCUGUAACCUGAAGCAUCUGUAACCUGAAGUGUCUGUAACCUGAGGUACCACUGUACUUUGUUUUUCCUCCUAUAAUACAGCCCAGAAUGCAAUGGCUGGCUCAGGAUCAGGCAUUAGCUCAGAAUUAAUUAGCCUGGAAAUCAGCUCCUCAGAUGUUCCGGACCUUACUCUGAUUGACCUGCCAGGAAUUGCAAGAGUGGCUGUGGGUGAUCAGCCAAAAGACAUUGGACAGCAGGUAAAAAGAAGAUUGUUUUCAGAACUGGUAGGAUCCUGAAAAUGAAUUGGGUGGAUACAGCAAGGUAUGGGAGUGCCCACAUGCUAAAGGUAUGAUGCCUUUCGCGAAGUGCCACCCAUUGGAGGUAAGGCUUGCAUCUACAAGGGAGAAGGGAUUUUAUUGGUGGUGCUCCAGUUAUGGAAUCCUAGGGGCAGAAGUGGGUGGCAUGGUGGAGCACUGGUGCUCCUCUGACCUCCUGAGAGCUGCUUACAGGAAAGAGAGAGGUGAGGAGGUCAGGAAGGUUGAAACACACUAGCAAAACCAAUCUGGCACUUCUGCUGGUGCACUUGCACCACACCUCUCCAUCCAGGUAAGCAUCAGUGACACAGUUGUCAGGAGCUUGGGUGAACACUGGCUGGAAGGUAUGCCUCGUACCACCAUUGAUAUAUUUUUAAACAUUUUCUACCACAUUAAAAAAAAAAUACUAGCAGUUUUUUAUUUGCUGCUUGCUUUGUUUGCUUUAUCUGUUGUUUUAAUUUUUGUAAUUGUUUGUAAAUUGCAUUGAAAUCCUUGGUAGACAUUGGAAUAUAAAUAACACUGUAACACAGCAGUAGGAAACCUGAUGUUGCUGGACUCAGACUCCCAUCAUCCCAUGCUGGUUGGGGCUGAUGGGUGUUAAAGUACAACAAUGCUGAUCACCUCCAAUUCCUUGAUUAGUUCAAUACAGCAGUUAUGUUAAUAAAUCCACUGCUUUGGCACAACAGAUUCUUGUAUUGUUCCAGUUUUGUACAAAAUUUUAGUUGGCUGUAUUUACUCAUUUUAUAAGGUGCCAUAUAACACAGCUCUUAUUGUCUGAAUUUUGUUACAGAUAAUAAAGUUAAUUAAGAAGUAUAUUAACAAACAAGAAACCAUCAAUUUGGUAGUGGUGCCAAGUAAUGUAGACAUUGCAACAACGGAGGCACUGAAAAUGGCUCAAGAAGUAGAUCCCACGGGGGAGAGAACACUUGGUAAGUUAAAUAAACACUUUAAAAAGUGAUGGUGGUGUUUUUAACUACGGGGAGGACAAGUUAUCACUGCAGGAAUCCUACCACCCUGUUUGAUUUGCGUCAUUCAGAAUUUUAUUUAGAGGUCUUACCGUAGCCUAUUCACUUCUUAACAUUUUGCCAAGCAUCUAAUCAGUUUUUACCAUGAUUUUGUGUUAGCCCUCAAAUCAACCCUCUUUCUGCUGUAUUUACUCAAAUGGUGACUUAUCAGCUGUAUAUUCUGUGAAUAUUCUAGACCUGCAGGCUGAAUUCUUCUGGCUGAUUCUGUUGCGGCUCUUUGCUGUUGUGAACUGCACAUCUGUACAGAGAAAUAGAAUAAUAUUGGGGGUUGGGUGGGAAGGAUGGACUCAGCAGCAAGCAGUGUGGUCCAGAAUCGGUGUGGGUCAAGGGCAGCAAUCGUGGGUCCAAAGGAGCAGAGGCUAGUAACGUGGUCCAAGACCAUAGGUCAGGCUCCAGACAGUAGGCAUGGUGAGGCAGCAGAAAUCUGCAUAUCAGGCACUGACAGAUUGCACAGACUGGGGAGCCAAACCCAAUAUAGUACUUGUAUUGGGCCACCUGUCUUCCUGUUGGUUCCACAGCUCAUCUGAUUCAGCUGGUCUGGCAAGCUGCAGUCUGUUUCAGCUACUAUCAGAUAGCCAGCCAUUUCUUCCAACUGCAAGCUGUUCCAGUGGCACAAAAGAAAAUACUUCCAGGCACUGGCAGAGGAAGAGGAGUGCAGGGGGAACGCAACGCCCCUGGCAGCGCAAUCCCAGUAGGGUGCCAUCGCAGCUGUCCCCCUGCCUGCGCUGGGCGCCACACCCCUGCAGGUGGCGCGCCCUGCCCCCAGGACACACGCCAGCCUCCCCCCGCCCCUAGUGCCGGAGCAUGAAGAUCCGCCACUGCUUCCAGGCCCUGCUGCUGCUGCUGCUGCUGCUGGAUUCCCCAGGCUGAGUCCUGGCUGUCUUUCUCCCUUCCCACUGCACUCUUAUGCAAUACUUUACUUCCAAAUGGAGAACAGAUUCACACUGUACAUUUAAAUCCUGGAAACUGUAGUUUAAGAGUGCUGGGAAUUGUAGCUCUGUGAAGGGAAAACUGCAGUUUCCCAGAUUAUUUCGGGGAACCCCUGUGCUUUACAUGUAUGGUGUAGAUCUGCAUGUUUCCCAUAGUCAUGUGGUUGGGCUACCAUGAGGACUGGAUGCUAGACUAGGUAGACCAUUGGCCUGAUCCAGCAGGCUUUUCUGUUCAUAAGAACAUCUCAUAUUUCCCAUCAUAGAUAUAUUCUCUGAAACAGCUUUUGCCAACCUGGUGUCUUCCAGAUGUACUGGACUACAACAUUCAUUGGCCUCCAGUCAAGGUUGCCCAAUAGUCAGAGAUGGUAGGACUUGGAAGUCUAAAACAUCUGAAUGGCAACAGGCUAGUGAAGCUGUUCUGCAAUCUUCUUGUUUGAGUGUUCCAUGUGAACAUUCUAAAACUGUUUUGUGAGAAAGAAAAUCGUCCCCCCCCCAAUAAAUACUUGAGAUAUAGGAGAAGAAAAUGGUCUGUCCUCUUAAGUCAUCUUUGGUAGGCAGGCCUCAAACGCACAUGCUCUCACUUUGAAGUCCUCUGUUUCCUAAUCCCAAAAAUGUGGACAGUCACCAUAAUUUCACAGUGGUAAGGAAGUUCAGAGACACACUUUUCCCAUACAGGUCCCAUGGGUUCAAAGGUGACUUGAUUCAGAAUAUGUACUACCUUUUCUCAAAAUAAACCACCUAAAAUAAGAUACUUUUCUUCCUAUGCAUCUAUUAUUUCACAGGCAUCCUGACCAAGCCUGACUUGGUCGACAAGGGAACAGAGGCAGAAGUGGUGGACAUAAUCCGGAAUCAAAGAGUCCCCCUGAGAAAAGGAUAUAUGAUCGUUAAGUGUCGUGGGCAAAGUGACAUCAACGACAAAGUGACUUUGGGAGAUGCAAUUGAGAAAGAGAAAGAAUUUUUCAAAGAACACGAUUUUUUCAGGUAGGCUUAUUUUUAAAAAGAAAGAAAGAAAUCCAUUCAUUGUGGUCUUUGUUGGUUGAAAUAUAAUGCCAAAUUAAGUGAAAGUAUGCAACCAAUGCAAGCAUCUGUUUGACACUUCAGCCUGCAGUACUCCACACACUGGGUCUGAUCACUCCAAAGAUUGUUUAAACGAGCCCCAUUUGAUUGAAUAUUGGGAACUGCCUGCCUGCCUGCCUGUUUAUCUGGAUUAUACUUGUGUCAUACUUUUAAAUUUAAUUACUCACUCUUGUUUCCUGCUAGAUCUCUUUUGGAGGAAGGCAGAGCUACCAUCCCACUUUUGGCAGAAAGGCUUACACAGGAGCUGAUAGAGCACAUUAGCGUAAGAGAAUACUGAUUCAUUUGAAUAACUAAAUUUGUUAGUGCUUUGAAAUAAUUGUAUUUACCUUGUCUUUGCUGGAAAGCAUUUCCUCUGUAUCUUUUUUUAAUGUCCACAAAAAACUUACAUGUUUAAGAAAGCCUAUCCAAACAUGUAAGUUAAUAUGUAUUUUAAUCUGUAAUUUUAGUACAUAAUGUAUAUUUUUAAUGAUUGAUUUUAUUUAUAUUUCAAUUUUUUAAAAAAAGAAGAAAAAUUGUUUUCAAUCUUUGACUUCUAUUGACAAUUUUUUGCUUUAAAAAAAGAGUGGGAAAAUAGUUAAAUAGCACCUUCUGCUUUCAAUUCAAGAUUUAUACUGUAAAAAAAAAAUACCAGCAGAGGAAAACUACAUGUCGUUGGACAUGUGACAUGUCAUUUUUAGUCCCGGGGCAUAACUAUAUGUUGUAUGCAAAUGCAUGUAUCAACAGUCCAAUGAUCUUCAUUUCUCUAAAGAAAAACUAUAUGUGUAUUACACACACACACACACACACACACACGUGUCUUGGUUGUCUAAAUACAUUCUGAUUAUAGGGUUAUGAAUAAGACCUUCUGGCAUGCUUUGGUGUGUUCCAAAUAAAAAGAAGUUGGUGGCUUCUAUGUUUCACCACCAGUGUUAAGCAGCUGCAAUAGCAUUUAUCUCAGUCAAGUGUCAGAUUCUGUGAAUGAUUCUGUGAAUUCACUCUGAAGAGGUGUUGAAACAUUCUGAGACUGAAUACUUUCCUUCUUGGUGCAUGUCUGUCUUUCAGAAAACAUUGCCAACUUUGCAAAAACAAAUUAAGGAAAAGCUAGAGGUAACAAAUGCAGAGCUGCAAAAAUGUGGUCAAGAUGUGCCUGGAAACACAGAAGAGAAGAUACCUUUCCUCAUACAGGUAAAUAAAUGUGGGGUUUCCAAUUUUAUUUCUGGAAUGCCUGAAAAUUUUAAUAUGUGUGUUUCUCAGGAAACUGAAAACGAAGUACCUAAAUAUCAGUAUCUAAUUUUGGUAGAAGAGGUUUAGGCCUUGAACUCUGGCAGACAUUUCCAAACUUCAAUGCAAUAAUGUACGUUUAAAAAGAAUGUUGAUAAUGAAAGACCAAAUAAACAACAACCAUCCGGUGAAAAACAGAGGGUGGGGAGCAUGUCCCUCUCCAGAUGUUGCUGGACUCCUGACUAAUGGUCAAGGGUGAUGGGAGGUGGUUUUGCAUUAAAAGAUUGGACAGCCAUAUGCUUCAAUUGGACCAAAAGCAUUGGUACAAUACUAAGUUCCAGGGGCCAUUAUUAUUAUUAUUAUUAUUAUUAUUAUUAUUAUCAUCAUCGUCGUCGUCACAGUGAUACCUCGGGUUACAAAUGCUUCGGGUUACAAACACUUCAGGUUACUCUGCUAACCCGGAGGUAGUACCUCGGGUUGCGAACUUUGCCCCAGGAUGAGAACGGAAAUCAUGUGCUGGCAGCGCAGCGGCAGUGGGAGGCCCCAUUAGCUAAAGUGGUAUUUCAGGUUAAGAACGGACCUCCGGAACGAAUUACAGUGGUGCCUCGCAAGACGAAAUUAAUUCGUUCCACGAAUUUUUUCGUCUAGCGAAUUUUUCGUCUUGCGAAGCACGAAAUCCCAUAGGAAUGCAUUGAAAUUCAAUUAAUGCAUUCCUAUGGUCAAAAAAAGUCCAAACAAAGCCAAAUUUGGUACAACAAGAGUUUAUUAAGUGCUCUUUAAAGUCACACAUACUGUAAAGAGCAUUUCAAAAAUUGAAGGAACAAUAAAUUAAGUUUCUAAACAUGACAGAAAAACAUUUAAAAAUCAACAAAGUGUACAGUACAUUUUCUAAGACUCUGGGGGACAACUCGAAGAAGGUUCCUCUUCCACUCUUUGCUUCUUGCUGAAGAACCCUCUCCUCAACUGUUCCCCCAGCCACCCACCACACAGAAAUUCAAAUCCAGAAUUUUUUUAAAAAAACAGCAGAGUGGCCCAAUGGUCACAGAAAAUCAUAAAAAUGCAGAAAAAAACCACACGCUUCCAGAUUCUUGCAAACCCCUCCCCAACAUCAAGUCCUUGAAUUCCAAACACCCCAACCCAAAAUCCAAAAACCCCCAAAAAAGUUUUAAAAGUUUAACUUACCAAAUGGCUGCAAAAGAAGUUUUGGAAAAGCUUCAAAAAUCACCAAAGUCUCAAAAACCUCAAAAAGGGCUACCACACCGCGUUCUAUGAGUUGCUCCUCGAAGUCAAGUCGCAACUGUAUUAACGGUGUUAAGAAAAAGGAAACAAACUUGCAAGACGUUUUCAUUUUUCGUCUUGCGAAGCAAGCCCAUAGGGAAAUUCGUCUUCUGAAGCAGCUCAAAAAAUGCAAAACCCUUUCGUCUAGCAAGUUUUUCGUCUUGCGAGGCAUUCGUCUUGCGGGGCACCACUGUAAGUUCGUAACCCGAGGUACCACUGUAUAAUUAAUUAAUUAAUUAAUUAAUUAAUUAAUUAAUUAAUUAAUUUUCUAUACCGCCCUAUACCCGAAGGUCCUAUCGUCAUCAGAUAUCCUUUCCCAUCAAUUAUCUCUUUUAUUACCUUGUGCAUAGUGAAUCUAAGUCUAGGCAGACAAUAGUUAGGAGAGUUGAAAGUUAUGUACAUUGCAAAACAGGUAGAAAGUCACGCUUGCACAGCAUGUAAUGACUCUGCUGUGGCUUCUCUUUAAAUAUUAUGUCUCCUUCACCCUAUAUCAUCUAUUUGAAGGAUAUACUUUACUUAAGAUGAGGAUUGGCUACUUGUUGAAAAGUAACAUCAGGGAACCACUUUAAGAUUGUAAAGCUUAUUUGUAUGUGAUUUGGGAAGCAUUCUCUUUGUGCUGGUUUAGGAAUGGUACUAUGGAAUAUGAAUGGUGGUGCCUAUCCUGAACAUGAUCCACUUCUCUUUUAUUAUUGUACUCUGCUCAUUCGUAUAAGCCAUAAAGCUUAAGCCAUCAAGUUCAAAGCCUAACGGCAAGUCUUGAUGCUUUCUGGAUAAUCACUCAAUUCUUUUUCAAAAGAUGUACAUUGUAGCUGGACAGACUGAAUUGAUAUAUAAAUAUUAUAUAUAUAUAUAUAUAUAUAUAUAUAUAUAUAUAUAUAUAUAUUCUUUUUACAGAAAAUCAAGCUUUUUAAUCAAGACAUCUUAAAUAAAGUACAAGGAGAGGAUUUAACGGAUUUGAAAGAAACAAGAUUGUUCACAAAAGUGCGAAAUAUCUUUAAUCAAUGGCAAGAGGAGAUCAACAGCAAUGCGCUAAAUGGUAAACUGUUUCAAAUUUCUUAUUUUUUUUCCUGCAAGUGAACACCCAGUUUUAACCUGAAUUCUCGUGCAGGCUGUGUACACAUCAGAGUGAUAGCGUGCAUGUAGUUUGCACAGACCCAUUUUUCCCAUAUGCACUUUUGUGCAUGUUUGUUCACACAUGAGCAUUUUCAGUUGAACUCUGAUCUCAGUAUUUCCUAGCCACACUUGUGGGUGGGUGUGGUACUUGAUGGGAUAUAUGCACAUUAUGUGCUGUUGUCCCUAUCAUCUCUGAAUUCCAGAAACCUGUGGUUCAUUUUGGGCAUUGUCACAGAUAUUUGUUUACCUGUGCAUGCAGCCCAUUUUUAUUUUGCUUUUGAGAUAGACGUCUUCCAAUAUCAAACUUGCAGAAAAGAGCAGGUUAAAAAAAUGUGUGUUCUAUAAUUCAUGGAGUAGCCAUGAUUAUUAACUUCAUCAGUACUGGAGCCUCGAAAGCUGAGGGUGAUUACUUAAUGCAAUUUUUUCAAUGUUGCAGUAAGAGAUACUAUGAAAGAUGAAGUUCACAGCUAUGAAAAUAAAUAUCGUGGUAAAGAACUCCCAGGGUUUAUUAAUUACAAGACCUUUGAGACCAUUGUCAGACGACAAAUUAUGAUGCUGAAAUCGCCAGCUGUUGAAAUGUUGACGGAUGUAGCGGGUACGUUUUACAGUAGCAACAUGGUUUCAGUUUCUAAUAUCUGGUUUAUGUAAAGGAUUUCAUGUGUGAUUUUAGGAAUAUAAUUUAGUCUGGAAUAUAUCAUUUCUGAAUGUUGUUGAUGUACUGUUAAUAUAGAAAUAGCAGUUUUAAAACAGAAUAGUUUUUUUAAUUUUAAUACACAUAAGUAUUGUGAAUAUUUUGAUUGACAAAUGCAGGGUAAUCAAAACACUUUAAAUGUCACUUGCAGAAAAACAAAUUAUUCUCUGUUAAGAGCACUACCUUCUAUAGUGCAAUCUUAUACAUGUCCACUCAAAAGUAAAUGUCACUGAAUUUUAUACCAGGUAAUUAGGUAUAGAAUCGCAGCCUAAAUGUUUUAUUGGCUUUGUGAAAGUCAGUAACAGCUCAUAAUUUAUUUGCAUACACACUUUAACACAAUAAUCUUCAUGACUUGUGUCCCUUUUAAUAUCUGCAUAGUGCUUAGCAUAUAUUGGCCUUGAAAGGAAAGAAUAUAUAUAUAUAUAUAUAUAUAUAUAUAUAUAUAUAUAUAUAAAAUUAAAUAGAGAUUGAGCACAGUAAUAAUUGAUUAUUAUGCCACAAUAAUUGAUUAUUAUGCCACAAUCUUACAUGUCUUCUGUCAGUUGAUCAUUCUGAUCCUAAUCCUAACAAAAUACUUCCUAGGAAGCAAUUCCCAUUAAUAUUGUUUACUUGAUUUUCCCAGUCUCUCUGUCUUUCGCAGCAUAUUGUACACACACAAACACUCUAAUCUGCAUGCAUGCCUCUGAGUAGAAGGUUGGGUUAACGGUAGCCAGGAAAGACACAAUAGCAAGAGUGGUCUUUCUUUUCUGACAUGUUGCACAAUUUAACUGAUGUGAACACAUGUGUGUGCAGGGGCACCGACUUGCUCCCCACAUGCGGGGUGGGGGGCAGCAGGCCAGUCUUGCCCAGCAGUGGUGGGGGAUGGCGGCCCCCUCACUAUUGGGGGGGCUCAGCCUCCUGCCCAGAAAUAGUGUUGGCACCCCUGUGUGUGUGUGUUGGUAGAGGUGAAGGUGUGUAAAGACACAAGCCCAGGGCCCCAGUUUUUUCCAACAAUACACAGGACAGUAUAUUAUUUACUUUGGCCAGUUGCUUAGGAAUUUUAGCCACAAUUUUUCUCUUAAGAUUUUGUGCCUUUAAAUGGUUCUCCCUGUUUUCUAGAACUUGUGCGGGAAAAUUUUAUUCAAACUGCCUACCGACACUUUGGUGCUUUCUACAAUCUUCUGAGAGCUGCUCAGGUAAGAAGUGAUGUAUUUAGUCAUAACCAUGAUGGUUAGACAAAAGGCAGACAUGGAACACUCUAAUGAAUCCAUACAACCAGGAUGGCUCUAGUGUGCUUGCUGACAAUCAGGGCUUUAAAGCACAGCUUCACAUGAUAUCACUAUGAAGUCAGGUGAUUGACAGGUGGGCAGAAAAUUUAGACCUGGCCCAUCAGUCUGAAAAGGUCUCCCCCGACUCCCACUUCAGAUGAUGAGUGUUUUAUGUGAGCUCUGCCCCCAGGUAUGUAAAGGUCCUGCCUUGAUCCUAGAUUUAAAAAAUAAAUAAAUAGUUUGACUUAAUUUUAACUACUUCCUUGUCCCACCUAAUAUAUAUGAAAGAGAUGAUAUGAUGCAGGGAUGGGGCUACUCUGCUGAAGAGAGCCCAUGCGUCAUGGACUGGUUGUUCAGAGGCCAGGGAGUGGUGGUGGGACAAGGAUGAGCCAUCAGAGGGAGAAGACUGAGGUGUCAGAAACUGAAGAGGGAACAGGGCAUAGUGAGCUGGGAGAGUCUGUGGCAGAGGGAAGUCCAGAAUCAGAGGCAGACGCUAAAGCAGGGGAGGAGGCCAAGAGGCAGAGAUGAGUCUGGCUGGAGAAGGUGUCUCUCCUUCCUGCUGUGACAAACUCCCUUUCCUACUUGUCUCCCAGAACCAGAAGAAGUAUGAAAAGAGCCAAGGAGAGAUUAGUGAGGGGUAGAUGCAGUCUCUUGCUUGGAAAAAGAACCCUGGAGAAGGGGGGGACUUAGCUGUGGGGAGGUGGAGUCCUUCAGUCUCAGCAACUGCUUUAUGGGGGCAAGACCUACCAGAGAUGAGUUGCGCUCCUUAGGCCCAACGCUCCUUUGCAGAUAGUGUGUUUGCUGCUAAAGACUUAACUCUAACUUGCACAGUGUGAUUUAUUGCUAGCUCGCUCUUGACACAAUGGUAGCUUUAUAUUUUUAAAGUGGAAAUAUAAUCCACUGAUAUUUCUGUGCAAGAUGUUAUUCUGUGGUUCUCUCAAAAUGUAACUGUUCUUCUACCAUCAAUUGUGGAGUUGAUGCAUUUCAAAUAUUUGUACCUUUCCCAGCUCCCAUGGAAGUGCUUUGUAACACCUUACCUUAUUUAUCUACACAACGCUACCCAUCAAGGCUUGCGGAAGGGUCCAGUUUUUAAAAAUCUCUGAUAACACCUUUGCCUGAGACACUGGAACUGUCAUUCAGGGUGGUGGGUGAAAUGGACUAAUGACCUAUAUUGGUAAAGCAGUUUUAAGUGUUAAUUUCUGAGCCUUACUGAUUAUACUUGGGAACACUGAGUGUAGGGGUUCUCAUAAUGAAUUACUGUGGAACAACAAAAACAAAACAUAAUAUGUUUUGUCAUGCAGAUCAAUAUUGAAGAUAUAAAACUGAAGCAAGAAGCGGCUGCGGUAUCCAUGAUCAAUACUCAGUUUAAAAUGGAACAAAUAGUGUACUCCCAGGACAGUAUUUAUAGUGAAGAUUUAAGUGGCAUUAGAACGAAAGGUGUUGGAAAUGCAUUUACAAAAUCAGUUCUAGUUCCUGCAAAGCUAUGCUCCAUGGAGGAAAUGACUUACCACUUGAACGCUUACUUCAAAGUGAGUUUCAACCUCUUUUUUUAACACCUCAAUCUCCCAUUACAACAUGGAACAAUUCUAGUAGUAAAAUAAAGAAACAGAGUAUCCAAAACUUUGAUCUGAAUAGUUUUUCUCCUGGGCUGAUAUAGCCUUCCACCACCUUCCCGCUCCUCUCUUAGGAUAGCUGAACUCUGUUUUAAGUUUUUAAGCUAUUGCUUUGGAGCAGCUUGUGCUUAACAUAAAUGUCACAUAAUAACCUAAAUAAAGAAGUACUUACACAUGCACAUACAUCAGGUUAUUUCUUAGAGCUCUCAUGGUAAAAAAAAAAAAAAAGGUGGGUGGGGCAUGGAUAUGAUGAGAGAAAUUAUUUGCUCUAUUGUCUGGGCCCAGAAACAAGAGAACCAAACCAAUUUGUGAAAUAAAUAAGGGCCCAUUAUCCCUCCUCUUUUGAUUGAUUGUUAGUGGGAGUGAUUUAAGCCUUCUUCCAGUGACCUAUGUUUAAGUGGAUGACCUGUUGUAAUGAUAGUCUUUUGAUAAUGCUACCUUCCUGGUUUUGUCCGUCUGUUAAUCAGUCUAAAAACCCAAACUCUUAUUCUGUUUGCAGAGCGCAGGAACCCGUCUUGGAACCCAAAUUCCCAUGAUUAUUCGGACAUAUGUUCUCCAGGAUUAUGCUGACAAAUUACAAAAUACAAUGCUGCAACUCUUGCAAAACAAAGAUCAGUUUGACAUUCUCCUUCAGGAGAGGUAUGAUACUUCCAAUGUGAGGAACACUCUGAAGGAGAAGAUCAAGCGUCUCACCAAAGCACGACAGCAUUUAGCAAAAUUCCCCAUGUAAUCAAGAGGUGUCUCUGUGUUAAUUCCCUCUUCCAGUUGCAGAAGGAAGGGAUCCUAUUCAUUGCUUGUGUAUACAGUGGUACCUUGGUUCUCAAACGCUUUGGUACUCAAACAACUUGGAACCCAAAUGCUGCAAACCCGGAAGUAAGUGUUCUGGUUUGCGAACUUUCUUCGGAAGCCAAACAUGCUCCGUUUUGAGUGUUAGGCUGACUAUUUGAGUGCUACACUUCCGUUUUGAGUGUUACACUUCCGAUUUGAGUGCCAAUGUGGCCUUUGCUCAUUCCUUGUGAUUUUGUUUGUACAGGGGGAUGGAAAUGGUUAAUGUAGAUUGACCAAUGAGAAAGCUCAGAGGCGGAGCCUCUACCUGGCUUUGAGACUCAGCCCAGGGGUUUUACCAUUGGGAGAUAGAGGAGUCAGAGUCAGACAAAGCCAGUAAAAGACGAACACAGCAGUUGUGACAGCUAGAGUGAGAGACAGGGAUAGAACUGAGAGAGAAGAGUGUGACAGUGUGAGAUAGUGCCACAUCUAAUUAAGGGCGCGCAUUUCAGAAACUGUUCUGAAUAUAUUUAAAACUUGUUCUUCAAUAAACUUUAAUUUUCGUUGUUGACUUUACAACCUGACUGAGACUCAGUAUUUCACCAGAAGAAACCUGCUUAGUGGCAGUGGAAGAAUAAAGCACUGGUGUACAGGUCAAUACAGGGGUACCUCAGGUUAAGAACUUAAUUCAUCCUGGAGGUCUGUUCUUAACCUGAAACUGUUUUUGACCUGAAGCACCACUUUAGCUAAUGGGGCCUCCCGCUGCUGCUGCAAAGUACUUACUAUUUGUGGAUUAGCAGAGUCUGUAACCUGAAGCAUUUGUAACCUGAAGCGUAUGUAACCCAAGGUACCACUGUAGUCCGUGAAAUGACCGGGGGCUCUGUACGAACGCCACAACCACACUGCUGUUUUGAGUGUUACGCUGAUGAAUUGAGUGCCACACUUCCAUUUUAAGUGUUACGCUGAGGUCUGUCUGUUUCUGCUAUUGAUUUUGCAUUUUUGUGGCUCUUUUUUGUGUGUGACUGUGUGGAACCCAGUUCAGCUACUGACUGAUUGAUUGAUUGAUUGAUUGACUGCAGUACAUUGUUUAUUGCUUUCAUUUUAGGGAUCAAUGGUCUCAUUAAAUAGUAAAAUUCAUGUUAAAUUGCUGUUUUAGGGAUUGUUUUUAAAAGUCUAAAACAGAUAAUCCACCAACAGCAUACAAAUCAAUAUGGCUAACCUGAUCCAAAACACCCACCCACCUCACUCACACACGAAAACAAAGAUCACCACAGCCAAUCACAAGCAAACAAUCACACCCUAGGCCAACCCCAACCUCUCUCACCACCAAAGGAACACAAGUGAACAACACAAGCAACGCUGACACCAAACUCUACAUACAUUAAACAUAAUAGAAACACCGCCACCCGACCCCACCCCUACCCAUCUUCCCUCUCUCCACCCCCCCUUUCUUUUUUCUUUUUCUUUUUUUCCCUUCUCCCCCUAAUGCCUCAACAAAUGAAAUGGAUUUGUAAAAAUGUUACAUGGAAAGAAAAAAAUACGAGGCACUACACUUCUGUAAAACAAGAAAAUCCUUAAUAAAAUAUUUUUUUUUUUUAAAAAGUCUAAAACAGAUUAAUCCAUUUUGCAUUAUUUUCUAUGGGAAAGCACACCUUGCUUUUGGAACGCUUUAGUUUUGGAACGGACUUCCGGAACAGAUUAAGUUUGAAAACCAAGGUACCACUGUAUAAACAUCUUAAGCUUUCAUACCACCACCACAGAGGCUUGACUACCAUAUGUCAGGAGUGAUCUGAUGGUGUUUCCUGCUUGGCAGGGGGUUGGACUCGAUGGCCCUUGUGGUCUCUUCCAACUCUAUGAUUCUAUGACCACCAUCCUAGUAAUAACUGAUUUUAAAAAUGCUAAAUUCUAGACUUAUGGUGGAAAACCUUGUUCUCCUUUUAAAAUAAAGUAUUUGUUGCUGAACUGGUCUCAAA